GCCUGCUGUACCCAAACAAGAGUUUCUGUCAUAUCACUUCUGUCCUUUAAAUAUCACAACGACUGGGCUGGACUGAUUAGAAAGCACAGCUAUGUGCAGCUGUGUGCGGAGCUCCAGGGCUCUGUCCCCUGUCCUGCUCCCCAGGCUGCUGCUUCCCCAAACGGGCUACAGAUUGGCAGGCAGGGGCCUCUGGACCUCCCCCAACUGCAUGUCUGUCAGUGGAGACUCCCAACUACUCCCACUGCCCAGUCAGGCCCGUGUGGUGAUAUGUGGAGGAGGUAUUGUGGGAACAUCAGUAGCCUACCACCUGGCCAAACUGGGCUGGACUGAUAUUGUGCUGCUGGAGCAGGGCAGACUGGGAGCAGGAACAACCAGACUGUGUGCUGGCAUUGUCAGCGUGGCCAAGCCCAUCUCCAUUGAGGUUCGAAUGGCCAACUAUUCCAACACUCUUUACCAGCAGCUGGAAGAAGAGACAGGAGUCAAAACAGGUUAUGUGAAGACAGGUUCUUUGUGUCUGGCUCAAAAUCAGGAUCGUUUCAUCUCUCUGAAGCGUCUGGCAUCCAGACUCAAGGUAAUGGGGAUCAACUGUAACAUCAUUAAACCGAAGGAAGUGGCCAAACUUCACCCUCUUAUUAACAUUCAUGACUUAGUGGGAGCGCUCCACCUCCCUGCAGAUGCUGUGGUGUCUCCACCCGAUGUCAACCGCGCCCUGGCUGUGGCUGCUGCUGGACAAGGAGUUCAGAUCCUGGAGAGAACCAGUGUUCAGCAGGUUCUGGUAGAGAAGGGUCAGGUGAUGGCAGUGCAGACGGACCGCGGCUCCAUUGAGUGCGAAUAUUUUGUCAACUGUGCCGGACAGUGGGCUUACGAGCUGGGCCAGGCAGGUGAGAUGAAGGUGUCCGUUCCUCUUCAUGGCUGUGAACACUUCUACCUCCUCACCAAACCUCUCCAGGAGCAACUUCCACCCAGCACGCCAGUGGUGAUCGAUAUGGACGGCAGGAUAUACGCACGGGCGUGGCAAGGAGGCCUACUGUCAGGGGGCUUUGAGAAGAACCCCAAACCCAUCUUCACUGAGGGUCGCAACCAGCAGGAGAUCCAGAACAUGCAGGAGGACUGGGACCACUUUGAGCCAAUGCUCAGUGCCCUGCUGAGAAGAAUGCCAGGUCUCGAGGCAGCUGAGAUCCUUCAGCUGGUCAACUGUCCGGAGUCCUUCACCCCUGAUAUGCGCUGUCUGAUGGGGGAGACGCCAGGCGUCUCUGGCUACUAUGUGCUUGCAGGGAUGAACUCCUCGGGCCUGUCCUUCGCUGGGGGAGCUGGCAAGUACCUGGCGGAGUGGAUGACUUACGGCUAUCCCAGUGCGAAUGUCUGGCCUCUGGACAUCAAACGCUUCGGCAACCUGCAGAGCAGCCGAACGUUCCUGCGACACAGAGUGAUGGAAGUCAUGCCCUUGUUGUAUGAACUGAAGGUUCCUCGCUGGGACUUCCAGACAGGCCGUCAGCUGAGGACCAGUCCUCUGUAUGACCGUCUGGACACCCAGGGAGCACGCUGGAUGGAAAAACACGGCUUUGAAAGGCCCAAAUACUUUGUUCCUCAUGGGAAAGAUCUGUUAUCUCUGGACCAGAGUAAGACCUUCUACAAGCCAGACUGGUUUGACAUUGUUGGAGCAGAAGUGAAAUGCUGCAAAGAGUCCGUCUGCGUCAUCGACAUGUCCUCCUUUACCAAGUUUGAACUGACUUCAACGGGAGACCAGGCUCUGGAGCUGUUGCAACACCUGUGUGCCAACGACCUGGAUGUCCCUGUUGGACAUAUCGUCCACACCGGCAUGCUGAACGAAAGAGGGGGCUAUGAGAACGACUGCAGCGUGGUCCGCGUCAGCAAGAACAGCUUCUUCAUCGUCUCUCCAACAGACCAGCAGGUCCACUGCUGGUCCUGGAUAAAGAAACACAUGCCCAAUGACCCACACCUCCACCUAGAGGAUGUCAGUUGGAAGUACACAGCUUUAAAUCUGAUUGGACCUCGUGGAAUGGAUGUUCUGGCUGAGCUCUCAUAUGUUCCCAUGACACCUGAUCACUUUCCCUCCAUGUUCUGCAAGGAGAUGAGUGUGGGCUACGCCAACGGGAUCAGAGUGAUGAGCAUGACUCACACAGGGGAACCAGGCUUCAUGCUGUACAUCCCAAUAGAGUACGCUCUGCACGUGUACAACGAGGUGAUGUCAGUGGGUCAGAAGUACGGCAUUCGUAACGCAGGAUACUACGCACUGCGCAGCCUACGUAUAGAGAAGUUCUUUGCCUUCUGGGGUCAGGACCUGGAUACCUUCACCACCCCGCUGGAGUGUGGGCGAGAGUUCAGGGUCAAGUUUGAUAAGGACACAGAUUUUCUCGGUCGUGAGGCCUUGCUGCAGCAGCGUCAGGACGGCGUGUCUCGCCGCUUCGUCAUGCUGGUUCUAGAGGACCACGACACCGAGCUGGACCUGUGGCCGUGGUGGGGCGAGCCCAUCUACUGUAACGGUCAGCUGGCCGGCUCGACCACCAGCAGCGCCUUCAGCUACACCCUGGAGCGCCACGUCUGCCUGGGCUUCGUGUCUCCGCCUCCAGGCCCAGGCGGUCUCCCCACACCCAUCACCCCAGACUUCAUCAAUCGCGGGGACUACGAGGUAGACAUCGCCGGCCAGCGCUACCCAGCCAAAGCAAAGCUCUACCCGUUCAGCUCCCUCUUCACCCAGCAAAAACGCCGCAAGGAGGACCUGGAGCUCAGCAACCUCCAGGGGAAGUGAUGCGGAGUAAUAGAAGUCCUCUUGUGACUCUCCCCUCCAGUUCACCAAAUCCACUCCUGCACUUGCCUUGCAGUGCCAACCUAUCCUCCCCCUUUGAAAGUCCUAAACAGAGGGCUGAUUGCACAAUCACUCCUUGUCUCUCUAAUAUUUAACUUCCACAUUAUCUCCUUCGUAAGUGCAAUAUUUAAGAGGCACCAAAUGCUUGAGUUGUACAAAACGCACACAGCUGCCGGGUCACUACUGGAUCCAGCUGCGACAUGCUCCACACUCAAACACAGUCCACACAGUCUCAACGGCUGGUUUACUGAGGCAGUCCACAGUUAAGUGCCUUUAUCAAGGCAACAUCAACAGCAGCUGUUGUGGACUCUCUCAUUACAUCUUCUCCGGUAGUGUUUCAGUCACAGCAAAGGUUCAACACUACAAAGUCUGAUGUCGUCGACUCUACCGUCAUUAUACAGAUUGUGAAUUUGCUGCUGUAAAGAAUAUGAGUGACGUGAUGUGAAGAGUGACGUGGCCUCAUUCAGAUACACUAUCCACUCGUACCUGUCUACACGCUAUGAAAAAUAAAGGAAAUCAUCCUUCCCUGUCAGGAGGGGAAAAAAGACAGCGUGGAAAUGCAUCAAGAAGCCAGACGUAAUCAUUAGUGGUGAUUUUCGUGCCGCCCGUUACUCCUUCUCCUCCAAGCAGUCCUGUUAAAAAAAAAAAAAAAAAAAAGCUUCCCAAGCUUCCUGUAAAGCCUCUCCUGAUAAGGUCUUUAUCAUCAACAGUCCCGCUGUUUUUUUUGUUAUUUUUUGCAGUGUGAUGAGCUUGUUGUAAUGUAUUCACAGUAAUAUAAUCCGACCUAUUAUUUAUGUUUGGAGGUCGUUUGGAAGCAGCGUUGCUCUGUUGAUGUUGAAUGUGUGGCUGAUGUCAGGUGAUGAGGGGGAGUCUGGAAGGGAAAACUGUGAUCCUGAACUCGUUGGAUAGAGUCCACAGAUAUCUUCUAUCUAUUGGUGAUUUGAUUUUUAUUUUUUUUUUUGCCUGAUCCAGAGUUUAGAUGUUUGUGUAACAAAGAAAGGACUUCAUUGAGAUUUGAAAUAAAAAAACAAUGUAUUUUUGUAUAGCUAGUGUGUAUAAAAUCUA